AUGAGUAAUUAUCUGCCGCCUCGUCUGUCGGUUUUCUUUUUCCAGCAUCAUAGCAGGGCAGCACACUUGAUAAUGGAACUUCAUUACGGUCAUGAUCGUGAAAAAGUUCUUAUGCAACUCAACGAAUUCAUCAGACAACCGAGAAGUGAAUCAAUGCGCAUCAAUCUUGGAUAUCACCUGUCGAACUCCUUCGAUACUGAAGUAAUAGCAGCGAAGCCCAAGUUUUUAGACUCAACAUUAACCCCGAGGGAAUCUUCACAAGUUUGUAAUGCUCUAUCGGUAUUUCAGGUGCAAGAAAGUGGCUCGUCCAAGGUAGCGUCGUUGUUUCCUGAUUUGCUUCGUGGAUUGAGAUACGGAACAAAAAAAAUACAUAAAAUUCUUUACCCAUUCCUCAAAGAAACUACAAAUGUGAUGACGCCUCGGCAACCUGUGAGGCUUAGCAUCUUGAUUCUUAUUGAUGCCCUAACAAAGUUUGAUGAGUUACAUGGGCAUGAAAUUCUUCUUUUAUUUCUAGAAACACAAAUAUUUUCUUCCUGCUUGCACUGCAUUCAUCAUGGUGAUAUGCCGAUAAAGAAGGUUGCAACACUCAUACUUAUGAAAAUCUUGAUGCAAGAGGAAGGGCUAAGAUGUUGUUACUCUCGCCCUGAUUGUCUUCGGUCAGUGAUGGAAGUCUUGGGUCAACUGGUAGAAACAUUUUCUUAUCAAAUCCCUUGUUCGCAGCACCUAAAAUAUGUUAUUCGAUGCUUCCUAAGUCUUUCGCGAGUAGGAUGGAUACCCAGGGUAUAUGAAACAGUGAGAAACGGGGUUCCUCAACGACUAAUUGACAACACUUUUCGCGUUAUUAUUCAUGUAGAUCCACAGAUUCAAAAUAUGCUGUAUCAGUUAUUAUUGAAUCUUAAUCUUAAUCCCCAACAAUUGCUCGGAUGA